UAGGCUGCAUUAAGUGGGGGAAACGAGAUUGAUUUCGUACGAUUCAUCGAUUAGCAAUUUGCUUAUCAAGCAAAUGAAUUAUUUAUAUAUUGAUAAACUUUGGUAGCUCGCUCGAAUUGAAUGGGAAUCGAAUUAAACGUGUUUUUUGUAGUGGGAAUUAUACUUUUUAUCAGCUUUGGUUUCACGAACAAAAAAUUGAAUUAUACUGAAUGGUACUUCUUGCUUGCACAUUGCUUUGUGUUCUCUAUAUCCCAUUCAAACACUUUACGUGGUGACGAAAGGGAUCAGACGGCAUAAGUUUAAUGGGCGGACAAGUGUACAUUCCUCGUUGAAGGCAAAUUAUAAAUAAUACAAUUUGCUGCAUUCAUCUCCAGUUACAAUGGUGGUAACGAAUAAGGAUGAGUUUGCCAAUUGGGCUUCGAUUAUAAGAUCGUGCGCUCUCACCUCUAAAACUCCACUAACUUUCGCUGAAAUCAAUCGCGAUGUUAAAAUGCUUGAAGGCAAAGAUAUCCCAUUUCAGUCAUUGGGUUUUCGCACACUCGAAGAUAUGUGCCGAGAGAUAAAAAAUGCCCAAGUAGUUACUCACAUGGGCAAGAGAGCAUUGCGGGUAAUGGCUACCGCUGAAACGGCUCAUAUUAUGGAUAUGGUGUCGAAGCAAAAGUCAAAAAAAAAGAAGCCACUACGCACGAUUCCCCAACGUUUUAAUCGACCUCCACUAAUGUCACGAAGACCACCAGGUGUAGGGCAACGCAGCAAUGCACCAUACAACUCUUACACCAACCGAAAUAAUUAUGGAUUCAAUAAGAAUUAUAAUAAUUCUUAUCAAAGCAGGUCACAAAGUGUUUCUAUUAGUAGAAAUGAGCCAUACAAACAUCCUCCAAAGUUUCAACCAUUUUCAUCAUUGGGAAAUCAGAUAUCUCAGAAUUCACAUCAGCCGGCAUUGAAAUCCUCCACGACUACAUCAACAUCUACACAAGGAAAAUCGGUGCACUUUUCACCACCCUUGUCAGCUAAAUCUACUAAAUCUGAACCAGAUAAAUCUUCAGUACCUGCAUCAACUGUUGCUGCAUUGCCUUCUAAGAUAUCAUCAAUACAGCAAAGGCUAAAUGCUGUUAAAGUUUCAGCACCCACACCACCUCCACCAUUGAUGCAAGUUUCUGUUCCGGAACCAACAACACAAUCGUCAGUUCAACAAAGGCUACAAGUUGUGAAGGAAAAAUCUUCUUACUCAUUGUACCUUGAUGACAAAAUUGAUCCAAGACUGAGAUUAGCAAAGUAUUGUGAAUCGAAAAAUCUGAAAGCACCCGUUUACAAUGAUAGAAGUACAUCUACAGGAUUCUUAGCUUCAGUUGCAGUUGGAUCUUCCAAACACUCCUCAUAUCCUCUAGAAACAAAAUCAGCUGAAGAAGCACAAAAACUUGCAGCUCAAGCAGCUUUAAAUGCAGUAUUGAAAAAAAAUGAUGAUGCUCUUGCAGUUACAUCAGAUAGGUCUCUGAUAAUUAGUAGAAUAGCUGACAUGGUAGACAAUCAUCCUAGUGGAGUAUUCGAACAUUGUUUGAGUGAGGAAUAUUGCCAAAAAUACUAUGAAACACUUCCAACUAAUUGGGUAAAGUUAGUUGAGCAGGCUGUUGCUGUUGAUGUUGGAGCUAACAACAUGAUCAUACUCAGUCCUCAGAACAGGAACAACACUGGUGUUAAUCGACAACCGAUUAGUCGAUCAAUACAUCCAGGAUUACUAGAAUUACCAAGUUCUGAUGAAUUUUAUGUUCAUAUUUAUGCUGUAUAUGAUACAACUUACAUAUCAGGUGUAAUUAUUGAUGAAGAAUACAGCGACCAAAUAGUAACAUUGGCUGAAGAUAUGAAACUGUAUUAUGAUCAAGAUAAGACAGGUCCAGUUACAGUUAUUCCUAAUGAAUAUUAUGCUGUCUAUGAAGCUGAAGCUGAAGCUUGGCAUCGAGUACGGUGUUUAGAAAGUAAUCCAGAUAAGAAUUCUGCAACAAUCUUUUUUAUCGAUCGGGGAGACAAAGAUGAGUUUCCAUAUUCACGCUUCCGGACUUUGCCAUCAAAGUUUUGUGAUCUGCCAGGACAAGCAGUACGAAUAGUAUUAAAAGGUUUUGAAAAUCUUGCAGAUUGUAAAGUGACUACUAAUGUACUAGAAGAUUUACUAGUAGAGAAAGACGUGAUUGUUUGUGGUGCUUACCCUUGUACUAAAUUUACCGAUAAAUAUUCACAAACUAUUUCUGCACAAUUAUAUUUGGGUGAAGAUGAAAAAAGUGAUUUAACCAUCUUACUUCAUAACAAAAUUGCUGAUCCAUCUCUUCUUAUGAGCUUGGAGAAAACUGUAUCACAAGUACAUAUUGUACAUGUAGAGGAUAAAACAGUAUUCAUAAACUUCAUUUAUUCAGGUUUUACAAUUCUAGAAGAAUUGAUGAAUAAUAUAACAAAAGAAAUGUCUAAUAAUCCGGCCUUGAUAGUAAGACCAACAAAAUUAAAAACUGAUGAAAUCUACAUUGCGCAAAGUCCAAUUGAUAAAAAAUGGUAUAGAGUUAAAGUAACACAACAAUUUAAUUCUGAAGAAUUUGAAAUUUGUUGCAUUGACGUUGGUAAUAAAUGCAGAGCCAGACGCAACAAUUUAGUAUUACUUGAUAAUAUAAGUUCAGGAUUUAUUUUAAAAAAUUUUCCAAGCCAGGCUGUACAAUGUCGCCUACACAAAGUAUCACCCAUUGACUUUAACGAUGCAAUGGUUGAGCGUUUAAAAGAGCUGGCUAAGCCAACAGAUAAAUUUUACAUGAAAGUUAUAGAUGAUCGUACAGAAUUAACUGUUGUUGAAUUUUAUAUACGCACGGAAAGCAACUAUUUAGCUUCAUUGAAUGAUACAUUAGCUUUGGAACCCCAAAUUAGCCCCCGAGAUAAUAACAACAAUCCUAAUAAUCGACCAAAUAAAGACAAAAUGCCAAAGUCAAUAUUAAAGUCUCCUGAAAUUCCAAAAAUAGGUGGCUACAUUGAUGUUCAUGUCUCAAUGGCAGCUCACCCUGGUAGUUUUACAAUUCAACCUCUUGAUUCUGCUGUACAAUUACAGAGGAUGAUGGAUGAAUUAUUCAGAGUUUGUCGGUCUUACACUGGACCUGCUGUCACGCCUUUUAACUUGGAACUUGGUACAAUGUAUGCUGCAAAAUGCGAAGACAAUCGUUGGUACAGAGCGUACGCCUGUAAGAUAAUUAGUAAAACAAUGUGUGGUGUAUAUUUUUGCGACUAUGGAGACUACAGAGCAAUUGAUAUUGAGCGAUUGCAACCACUUCAAGAUCAAUUUUAUGAACUACCAUCUCAAGCUAUUAAAGCUAAAAUACAUGGUAUUAUGCCUCAUUUGAAAGGUGACUGGUUAGUUAAAGAUGCGAUUAGAUUUAACGAAUUGGUAGUAUCAAAAAAUUUAGUGGUACUCGUAAAAAGUUACGAAGAAAAUCCCAUUCCAGGCCAAUCAUAUAUUGGUGUAGAACUAAUUGAUACCAGUACAGCAGAUGAUAUUUAUAUCAGUCAAAUAUUGAUUCAAGAAGGAAGGGCCGAAAAAGUAGAAUGAUAUUUAAGAUUUUCAUCUAUAAUCUAGUUUUGAGCUUUAUUUUUGUAUUUAUGAAUAAAUAUUUUUCAAAUAGCUAAAA